UCCCAACAAUAUGGAUUAGGCCAAAGGCUUUGGCUGAAAAUGGGUGGUCGAUAUCCCCAAUCUUCACCUACGUGGCUAAAUGGAACGAACCACAAGAACAACAAAUGGCCCAAGAACCAACAAUGGCAUUUCCAUUAACACCAAACCAAUUCCAUGGCCAACUUGUUCACCCUUUCUCCGGCUUCCACGCCAUCAUUCUUCCGCAAAAUAACACCAGUUUCAGUUCCAAUUUCCAAAAUCCCAAAACUUCUGGGACAAUCCCAUUUUUCGAGUGCUAGAAGUACUCAUUCAUCAAGCUUCGCCAUGGCUGCUGCUGCUACUGAUACUACAAAGAAUAGAGUUGUUCCCGCCAUUAUUGUUGGUGGUGGAAGAGUUGGGAGAGCUUUACAAGACAUGGGUAACGGUGAUGAUUUGUUGAUUAAAAGAGGGGAUUCUGUACCUCUUGAUUUUGAUGGGCCCAUCUUAGUUUGUACUAGGAAUGAUGAUCUUGAGGGUGUUCUUCAACUUACUCCUCAAUCGCGUUGGACCGAUUUGGUCUUUUUCCAGAAUGGGAUGUUGGAACCAUGGUUUCACAAUAAAGGUCUUGGUGAAGUUGACCAGGUUUUGGCAUAUUUUGCGGUGGCAAAGCUUGGAGAAGCACCAAUUGAUGGUAAGACCGACACUAAUCCAGAAGGCCUGACAGCAGCAUUUGGCAAAUGGGCGUCUGCUAUAGCAGAAAGAUUACGUGUUGGAGGCCUCGCUUGUAAGGUACUCGAUAAGGAAGCAUUUCAGAAGCAGAUGUUAGAGAAGCUGAUAUGGAUAUCAGCAUUUAUGCUUGUUGGAGCCCGUCAUCCUGGAGCAACUGUGGGUAUUGUAGAGAAGGAAUAUCGAUCCGAGGUGUCAGAUCUCAUCGCUGAACUUGCAUCUGCAGCUGCAGCAGAAAAGGGCCUUGCUUUUGAAGAAGGAUUAGAAGAAAGAUUAUGUGCUUAUUCUCGUGCUGUUGCACAUUUCCCCACAGCAGUGAAAGAGUUUAAAUGGAGAAACGGCUGGUUCUAUUCACUAUCUGAGAAGGCAACUUCUGAAAGCAAACCAGAUCCGUGCCCCCUUCACACCGCAUGGCUAAAAGAAUCGAAGAUUGUGUGAAGAAAUAGACUUGAUAUGCAGGUGCACGUCGAAAGAGCGUCUCCAAUCAAAUUGUCUUGUGUACUUUCCAGUGCAAAGCUAAUAAAAAAAAUUGGGCCUUGGCCAUGGGCGGCUGCGAUGCAUGCGGUUUUUGGCCCGUGCUUCCAGCUCAUAGUAUGGGUCUCUAAUUGACGAUUCGUUUUCCGACCUCGAUAAUAUUUCAGUGCGACUUUCGGUCUGCUAAAUUAAUUCCGAUUUUUCUUUUGACAUUUAUGUUCGCUCCCACUGAGCCCAACACCCGUUAUUUCCGAACACUUACGUUCCUUGGAAUAUUUACUGAGUACUCCGUAGUAUUUACUCGUCAAAAUAUUUAAUUUGUUCA